ACUCCAACUGCCAUCUUAUUUUCUAGACGGCUUGAAUUGCAGAAAGUGGUGAUGCGAGGGGCUUGGGCUCUUCCCAGGCCCUGCUGAAUGGGCCAGAGGAGUGUCGCUGACAGAGGCAGAAUUUUGAGGGGAUGUGAAAUAGAAAGAGAUAGGGAGCUCUGGGAGGUGUGUGUGGGAAACCCUGUUCCCCUACAUACCACAGAGAAAUCUAGCUGUCUGUUGAUUUAGGGCCUGACUCCCAGCUUUAGUUCUUGCCGACUUGUUCCUUCUACCUGCAUCCCAGGCCCCCUCAUCAUGGGGACCAAAAAACUGAAAAAACUGAAGAAAAUCAUCUUCUAUGCUGAGCACCCAAAGGAGAGUCUUUCACCACGACCCUCGAGGCGUGAAAUUAUGCAGACCCCAGUCCUUAUGGCCCUGUUAAAGAGUCCUGGGCCUGGGAGGUACCUCCGUCCAUCCUGCACUGGUUACCUUGGCCAUGAUAUCUCCAAGCACAGAGCCCCAGCCUACACUUUCCACAUGGGCCACUCAGAGAAGCGGAUUACUGACACGUGCAGUCCUGGGCCUUGCCAUUGCCCUGACCCCAGGGUCACCCGCUUUGGAGUGUCAAGCUGCUCCCAGGUUCCAAUGGAAGAGAGGAUAGCAAGCUUACGUUUGUGGUCUACACCGGAACCUCCUACGUACUUCUGGGAGAAGGUUCAUCCUCCCGGGGAGCGCCGGUCACCUCAGUAUUCUAUAGGCUACCGCUGUCCAUAUCGUGUAUCUGAUCCUAACCCAGCCCCUAACUAUUACCCACAGCCCCGACGGCUGGGGUAUGGCACCCCUGUUAACCAUUCUGCCCCAUGCUACAGCUUUGCUACCACUUCUGACCUGUGGCAUUUCAACAAGGAUAUCUACAGAAGCCCUGGCCCGGCCACGUAUACCAGGCCUGAGCCAUCAGUUUACCAGAACCGGAGCCCUCUCUACUCCAUGGGCAAGCUCUUUGGGUACCCGCAUGACCAGACAAACUACCCAGGUCCUGGUUCCCAUGAGGUGCAAACAGUCACCCUUCAUAAGCCCCAGGCACCUUCCUUCUCGAUGGGCAUCAAACACUCACCUCACCUCACUCCACUGAUCGUGGAUGUGAAGGACUGAUCCUGCCCUUCCCCUUUCCCACCUCACCUUGAGUCCUUUCCUCCCUCCUCCUCGUGAUUACAGGACAGGAGUAGAAGGGGCCUGCUUAAAUAAUUUGAUAGCCUUUCUUCAAGCUAUGCUGUGCCCAGUGCCAGUUUAUUGCUGGGCAUCUCUUAAGCUGUAGCCCCUGCCCAAUAAUCCCUCUCAAUUAGGCUAAGAAGGAUCUCCUUUCCCCCUCAAAAUGUAUUUUUUCCUUAAAUAAAAUUGACCUUGAGACAGUG